AUGGGCUGUUUGAAAUUAAAGAACAACUCAUUGGGUCUAGUACUAACUGAGAUACUCGUGCCAAUACCGAUUGGGGUGGAUGAGUCAACUGAGCUAACAGAAAUAAGAAUCCAGGCAGCCCAGGAGGAAAUAAAUAAGGAAAAAGAGGUUGCAAAGGAGGCUGAGGAAGUGCGAGAAAAGUCAUCAGAAAAAGUGCCCGAGCAGGAUCGAACUCAAGUCACAGGAAAGAAGCGACCGCCAGCACCCUUCCCACGGAGGUUGGCCAAAUAUCAGAAGGAUGAGCAGUAUAAGAAAUUCAUGAAUAUGUUGAAGGAUAUUCAGGUGAACAUUCAGGUUGCCCAGUUAUGCAAAAAUGAUGAAGGACUAGAUGUCUCGCAAGUAGAACAACUUUUGCAAGUUCUGAAGGAGUGUAAGACUGCAAUUGGGUGGACCAUUGCCGACAUAAAGGGUAUAGUCUUGGGACACCUAGUGUCAAGUAAGAGCAUUGAGGUGAACCGUGCUAAGGUUGAUGAAAUUGAGAAGUUACCUCCACCCACAUCCGUAAAAGCCAUAAGAGGUUUCCUUGGUCAUGCCAGCUUCUAUAGGCGGUUUAUAAAAGAUUUUUCUAAAAUUGCUAAUCCUUUAUGUAAAUUGCUUGAAAAAGAUCACCCCUUUGUGUUUUCUGAUAACUGCAUGGUAGUUUUUGAGGAAUUGAAAAAGAAGCUAGUGAUUGCACCAAUUAUAGUUGCACUUGACUAG